CCCUUUGGCUUAAGGUUUCCCGGCCUGGACAGCCUGUCCGAGGGGAAAGCCGCCCGAGGGCACAUGGGCAUCCGUCCGGGGACAUUCAGGCAGUGACCAAUCCCUGGCCACCCUGGCGUGCGCCCUGCAUCAUGGGUCAUUCCCCAGCCUGCCAGUGGGGGAGCAGCCGCUGUGGGUCCCCGAGUCUUGGUGAGAUGGUCAAGGAUGGACCCGUGAUGGAGACCAGCAUGCAGCCAUGUCCGGGAGUGAAGGAAGCGCACAGGCCAGCACAGAGGACAUCUUUGCCGUCCCCUGGGCCAAACCAUGAAAAGCAGCCCUCUGCCCCCAGCCCCCAGCACCAACCUGGAGACCACCUGGGCCGGAGCCCAGCAUGGCCACUACCGCAUCUCGGCCAUCCAGCUUGGGACAGCAAGAAGGGAAGCCGCCGCUCUUCUUGUGGGUGGACGCUGCGCACUCCCUGUCCACCCGCUGCCCGCUUCCUCGGCUCUCUCCUCUGCCCCAAGAGUGGCCACCAGGACGCUCUUCCCUCCAGCCCCGGGGGCUCCAUCCCCCACCCCGCCCCACCACCCUUUCCAUCUUCCAAGCUCGUGUUUCGGCCCCGUCCCCAAGGCCCCAACCUGUCCAUCCUCCUUGCCUUCUCCAAACCCUCUCUUUUUCUAAAUGUCCACUUGUCCCCACUGAAGACCCUCCAUCCUUCCCAAGUUCUCUGUCACAUGCCGUGCAAGCUCUGACCCAUCCUCCCAGCAAACCUCCUGGAAACUUCUACCUCUUUCCUGGUCUAUCAUCUCUCCCGGCUCCUCCCAGCAGCCCCCUGGAAACUUCUACUUCUUUCCUGGUCCAUCUCUGCCGGCAGCGAGAGUGUGACCCGGUGAGACCGGGUGCGGAGGGCCUUUGGGCCGUGGAGAUGGUGGCCUGGGGAUGGGUGUUGCUGACUGACUCCCAGGGAAGACGUGCAGAUGAGAUGGGAAGCAGGAGGGAGGGCCCAAGAGGGACCCCGGCUGCGGAGGAGGAGGAUGGAGGACACAGGGCAGCUGGGCCAGGGCUGGGUGGGGUCAGGAGCCGCUCCAUCGUGCCAGGUGUUGUUCGGGGAAAACUCCUUCUCAAGCUACAUGCUGAAAACGUCAGCAUGAGAAUUUAAUGUCAGAAACGCCAUAAUCUCUUUCCCAGAGAUAAGACGCAGCCCUGUGCGGAGGGCUGAACCCGAUCCUUAACCCAGAGAACAGGCGCCGGGCCGGAAGAC